AUGGAACCAAGCUGCCAAGCUGAUGAUGGAGCUAAUACUACAACAGUUGAUGACUAUGAACCAUUUAUAGAGGAUUACUCACUUUAUGUUGAUUAUGAUGUUGAGUUUAAUGUUGAAACUUCAUUUGAAAAACAACCAAAAGUGGAUUAUCUAGAGGGCAUGGUGAGUGAUGAUAGUGGAAAGGCUUUCUACUCUGAGAGUGGCCAUGGUUCUGAGGAUAGUAGAGAUGAUUCUGAUGACAGUGAAUACAAUGUGGAUGAGUCUGACAUACAAUUUGAUGUAGAUGUAGACAUGAGUGAAUUCCAUAAUGAUGUUGAUGUAGAUGAACAUGGAAUCUUGAACAAUCAUUCAAAAUAUGAAGGGAUUGACAUGGUUGAUGAUGAGUUGGAAGUUAUUGCCACUGAUGAUUAUCAAUUUGCAGGAUUUCAUGAAGAUGAUAGGAAGAGCCUGCUAAAAGAGUUGAGUAAGUCAAGUACAUGCUCACAUGGAGAGGUUCAUGUUAAACCAUUUCAGAUUGGCCAGGUCUUCAAAACCAAGUUUGAUGUUAAAAACUACAUGAACUCACAUGCUAUAGCAAUAAGGAGAUCUUUAUACCUAGCCAAAAAUGUCAAAAUUCGGAUUAGGGUGAAAUGUAAAGGUGUUUUACAAAAAACCCUCUCUUCCAAUCGAUUCAUUGAUCUUAUCAAACCUGGAAUCACCACUAAUGCCCUAGCACACAUAGGAAGAUCAGACCAUGGAAUGAAACCACAUCUUCUACAGUUCCAAAAUUUUCUUCCAGGGUUACGAUCCGUCCAUGAAGUGAUCUUCGUUGCUUCAUUCCACAUCUGCAAGUCACCAUCUUUGAAUCAGAAGCGAUUGGAUGUCGUGAAGGGUGCAACGGUCGAGCAACAGUGGAAAUGA